AUGGCAGGACGCAGAUCGACGCUGUCGAAUGCGGCGGACUCGCUGCCAGGAUCGGGCGGCGGCGGUGGCGGAGGCAGCGGCGGCGAUCCGCUACGUGAACUCUUCGAAGCCUGCAAGACCGGUGAUCUCGCCAAGGUGAAGGCGUUGGUCAACCCGAAGACGGUCAACGCCCGCGACACUGCCGGACGCAAGUCCACCCCCCUGCAUUUUGCAGCUGGAUAUGGUAGAAAGGACGUUGUAGAAUUUCUUUUAUCUGCUGGUGCAUCGAUUCAAGCUCGUGACGACGGUGGUCUACAUCCAUUACACAAUGCUUGUUCCUUUGGACAUUGUGAUGUUGUAAGAUUACUGUUAGAAGCAGGAGCAAGUCCGAAUACAAGAGAUAAUUGGAAUUUUACACCUUUGCAUGAGGCGGCGAUCAAGGGUAAAAUAGACGUAUGUAUUACUCUGCUACAGCAUGGAGCAGAUGUAAAUAUUAGGAAUACAGAAGGAAAGACUGCAUUAGAAGUAGCAGAUGUCUCUACAAAACCAGUACUAACAGGAGAAUAUAGGAAAGAUGAACUCUUGGAAGCGGCUAGAUCUGGAAACGAGGAACGAUUAUUACAGCUAUUAAAUCCUCUUAAUGUCAAUUGUCACGCCAGUGACGGAAGAAGAUCUACGCCUUUACACUUGGCAGCUGGUUAUAAUAGAUCUAGAGUUGUACAGAUUCUUCUUCAGAAUGGCGCAGAUGUCCAUGCUAAGGAUAAAGGAGGUCUUGUGCCGCUUCAUAACGCCUGUUCCUAUGGUCACUUUGAAGUAACCGAGGCACUUCUGAAGCACGGUGCCGCCGUUAAUGCCAGUGACCUCUGGACAUUCACUCCGUUGCACGAAGCCGCGAGUAAGUCCAGAGCAGAGGUUUGUUCCUUGUUGUUGAGCGAAGGCGCGGACCCAACGCAAUUAAACUGCCAUAGUAAAAGCGCCAUUGACGUGGCACCAACCCUCGAAUUACAAGAAAGACUAGCGUAUGAAUAUAAGGGUCAUUGCCUAUUGGACGCCUGCAGGCAGGCAGACCUUACUAAGCUUAAAAAAUAUCUGUCACAAGAGAUCGUUAAUUUCAAACAUCCUUAUACCGGCGAUACACCAAUGCAUUGCGCAGUAGCGUCACCGUAUCCAAAGCGAAAACAAGUUAUCGAGGCCUUGAUUCGAAAGAAUGCUGCCAUGAAUGAAAAAAACAAAGACUUUCUUACACCGCUUCAUGUAGCGACCGAUCAUUCGCAUUACGAUGCGAUGGAUAUAUUGUUGCGACAUAAUGCGAAAGUCAACGCGCUAGACGGCUUAGGACAAACCGUGCUGCACAGGUGUGCUAGAGAGGAUAACGUACAAGCUUGCAGAAUACUCUUAUCGUAUAAUAUCGACCCAUCGAUAGUGUCCCUUCAAGGAUAUACUGCGGCACAAAUUUCUGCCGAAAACGUAUUGAAAAUACUGCAAGAUCCACCAAAUGGAACCGAUGACGUGGAAGCGCAACUCUUGGAGGCGAGCAAAUCAGGCGAUCUUGCUGCUGUAGAAAGAAUUUUGCAGGCUAAUCCACAUGCUGUGAAUUGUCGCGAUUUAGAUGGCAGACACUCAACUCCACUGCAUUUUGCAGCGGGUUUUAACAGAGUGCCGGUUGUAGAGUAUCUAUUAGCACAUGGCGCAGACGUGCAUGCCAAAGACAAAGGUGGAUUGGUUCCUCUCCACAACGCUUGUUCUUACGGCCACUACGAAGUUACAGAAUUAUUGGUAAAACACGGGGCAUCCGUGAAUGUUGCCGAUCUGUGGAAAUUUACGCCUCUUCAUGAAGCUGCCGCUAAAGGCAAAUAUGAAAUAGUUCGAUUAUUGUUGAGACACGGAGCAGAUGCUACUAAAAAGAACAGAGAUGGCGCGACGCCAUUAGACUUAGUAAGAGAUGGUGACCAGGAUGUAGCGGAUCUUUUACGUGGAAAUAGCGCACUUUUGGAUGCAGCGAAGAAGGGUAAUUUAGCCAGAGUUCAACGACUUGUUACACAAGAUAACAUUAAUUGUCGGGAUGCACAAGGACGCAAUAGUACUCCAUUACAUUUAGCCGCGGGAUACAAUAACCUGGAAGUGGCUGAAUUCUUACUUGAACGUGGUGCCGAUGUAAAUGCACAAGAUAAAGGUGGCCUUAUUCCUUUGCAUAAUGCGUCGAGUUACGGUCAUUUGGACAUAGCAGCCUUGCUCAUUAAAUACAAUACUGUGGUAAAUGCGACUGACAAAUGGGGAUUCACGCCGCUUCAUGAAGCUGCGCAGAAGGGUCGAACACAACUGUGUGCUCUUCUGCUUGCUCAUGGCGCCGAUCCCUUCCUGAAAAAUCAGGAAGGUCAGACUCCAGUGGAUUUGGCCAGUGCGGACGAUGUAAGAUGUUUAUUACAAGAUGCUAUGGCUUCUCAGCAAAUCGUUCCAACAGUUCCAUCGGGCAACAUAGUGACUAGUGCUGGUGGCAAUUCUAUUAACAGUAGACCACCUAGUAUCGUAUCCGGUAAGACUUAAACAGUUAUUAUGCCAUCUGGUGCAGCUAUGACUCUAUGCGUGCCAUUAGCUAGGCCGACAUCAUGUCUGAGUCCAAUGCCGCCAAACGAGCCAUGCUCCGAGAAAGAAUCCAAAGAUAUAUGUAAAGAACAUAACGGUACCAUCACGACCGUCGCUGGUUUUUUGCAAAGUCUCGGUUUGGAACAUCUACUUGAGCUGUUCGAACGCGAGCAAAUCACUUUGGAUAUACUAGCGGAAAUGGGUCACGAGGAUUUGAAGCAAGUCGGAAUAUCGGCUUACGGUUAUAGACAUAAACUAAUUAAAGGCAUGGAUAAACUGUUAAAUACUGCAGCAGGUUCUCUUUGGCAGCCUUCCAUAAAUCCUGGGACAUUGUUAGUGGAUUUAUUAGCAGAAGAUAAAGAAUUUUUAGCUGUUGAAGAGGAAAUGCAAAGUACUAUUAGACAACAUAGAGAUAACGGCCAUUCUGGUGGUAUCUUCUCUCGAUACAACAUAGUCAGAAUACAAAAAGUUCAGAAUCGGAAAUUAUGGGAACGUUAUGCUCAUAGAAGACAAGAAGUGGCUGAAGAAGUCGGUGCUGCCGCUCCAGCUUCUCCUAGUACUGGACCUAGAGGUGUACCUAGUUCAACCGUAUCACAGGCAAACGAGAGAAUGUUGUUCCAUGGCAGUCCAUUUAUCAACGCUAUCGUUCAGAAAGGUUUCGAUGAGCGACACGCAUAUAUCGGCGGAAUGUUCGGCGCUGGCAUAUAUUUUGCAGAACACAGCAGCAAGAGCAAUCAAUACGUCUACGGUAUAUGCGGCGGUACCGGAUGCCCCGCACAUAAAGAUCGAAGCUGUUAUAUUUGUCACAGACAUUUACUACUCUGUAGAGUUACGCUCGGCAAGUCGUUUCUACAAUUUUCGGCAAUGAAAAUGGCACAUGCCCCUCCAGGCCAUCAUAGUGUAAUGGGCAGACCAUCACAGGGCGGUUUAGUGUUCCCUGAAUAUGUUGUCUACAGGGGCGAACAGGCAUACCCGGAAUAUCUUAUCACAUACCAAAUCGCGAGGCCUCAGCAGGAAAGUGGCGGUAGUGACGGCGUUGAGGAACGGUGAUCGGAAGAACCGGGUCCCGCGGCGCGAUUGCGCAGCCUCUGUUGCUGUCAGAGACCGAGAGCAUGCGGAGCAUUGCCGCGGACAUAAA